AUGUCCGCUCCACAAGGGGACUACCCUCCCCAGGAAGGGUAUGCCCAGCCGGCUUAUGGCUCUCCGGAUCCCGCACAGUCACCCGUCCCCCCGCAAGGAGCGCCCCCAGCUCAGGCCGGCAAGAAGAAGAGAGCGUACGCUGGUGAGGCAUUCGAGUUUGGAUCUGGUGCCAAUGCUGCGCUCGGGGGACAACCCACCGCGGGCGGUGCCUAUGGCGCAUACCCUCAACAAGCGCAGCCUGUCGGAUAUCAGCAACCAGCACCAGCAUACGGAGGAGCUGACCCCAGCCAGAUGCAGCAGGCCCCGCCAGCACCAGCAUAUGGCCACCAGGCGUCUGGUAGCAUUUCGGGCAUGACCCAGCAAUUUGGCGCAAUGGGAAUGUCGGAGCCGCACCAUGUUCUUCCUCCUCAGCAGCAACAGCCCGCCGCUGCGGCUCAGCGCCCAGUUCAACUAAACACCCUCUACCCGACAGAUCUCAUUUCGCAGCCAUUCAAUGUCGCCGAGUUGGACUACCCUCCUCCUCCUAUUCUCUUGCCCCCGGGUACCAGUGUUUUCCCCUCCCCCGAAGCCAAUUGCCCGACUAAAUACAUGCGCUCUACCCUGAAUGCGGUCCCAACCACCAAUUCUUUGCUCAAGAAAUCAAAGCUCCCGUUCGCCCUAGUAAUUCAGCCAUACGCUUCGUUGCACGACGCCGAGGACCCUAUCCCUGUGAUAAGCGACCAAGUUAUUUCCCGAUGCCGCCGCUGUCGGUCUUAUAUCAACCCUUUCGUUACAUUCCUCGACCACGGCCACCGCUGGCGUUGUAACAUGUGCAAUUUGACCAACGAUGUGCCCCAGGCAUUCGAUUGGGAUUCGACUCUGCAAAAGCCGGCUGAUCGGUCAUUGCGCUCGGAUCUGAACCACAGUAUGGAGUACAUGGUUCGCCCGCCGCAGCCCCUCGUCUACACUUUCUUGAUCGAUGUGAGCUAUGCAUCCGUCACUAGCGGUCUCUUGGCUACUACUGCUCGUACGAUCAAGGAAAGCCUUGAUCGCAUCCCUAAUGCGGACCGACGGACUAGAUUGGGCUUUAUUGCGGUGGACUCCAGCUUGCACUUCUUCAGUAUUCCCCGCGAUAACUCUGGAAGCUCUGAGCCUAGGAUGCUUGUGAUUAGCGACCUUGAUGAGCCUUUCCUGCCUACUCCCAAUGACCUCCUGGUGACCUUGAGCGAAAGUCGGGAGAACAUUGAGAUCUUCCUUGACAAAUUGCAGGAUAUGUACCAGGAUACCCAGAACAGUGGCUGCGCCAUGGGAUCGGCUCUCCAGGCUGGUUAUAAGUUGAUUUCUCCCGUCGGUGGAAAGAUGACCGUCCUCAGUGCGACACUACCCAACCUUGGAACGGGUGCUCUGACUAUGCGUGAGGAUAAGAAGGUUUUGGGCACAAGCAAGGAAUCAAGCCUUUUGCAAACCGCCAGCGCUUUCUACAAGAGCUUCGCCGUGGAGUGCUCUAAGGCCCAGGUGUCUGUGGACAUGUUCCUCUUCUCAUCCCAGUACCAAGACGUGGCAUCUCUCAGUUGUUUGCCAAGGUACACUGGAGGUCAAACUUACUUCGAACCUGGGUGGUCAGCGACUCGCCCGGAGGAUGCAAUGAAGUUCGCACGCCAGUUUUCCGACUACCUUUCAUCUGAAAUCGGUCUGGAGGCUGUUCUCCGUGUUCGUGCUACCACAGGUCUGCGGAUGAACACUUUCUACGGAAAUUUCUUCAACCGAAGCUCUGAUCUGUGCGCCUUCCCUGCUUUCCCUCGCGACCAAGCAUACGUCGUCGAGGUGGCGAUCGACGAGACCGUCACCAAACCUGUCGUCUGUCUGCAAGCUGCCGUCCUCCACACUACUUGUAACGGCGAGCGCAGGAUCAGAGUCCUUACUCUUGCUUUGCCAAGCACUAACAACCUUGCCGACAUCUAUGCUUCUGCCGACCAGCAGGCCGUGGCCACCUUCUUCAGCCACAAGGCCGUUGAGCGUGUCCUGAGUAGCGGUCUCGAGCCAGCUCGCGAGGCCUUGCAAGCGAAGAUGAUCGAGCUCUUGACAACUUAUCGCAAGGAGCUUGCUGGCGGCAGCGUCAGCGGCGGUGGUCUCCAAUUCCCAGCCAACCUGCGUGGCUUGCCUGUCCUGUUUCUGGCGUUGAUCAAAAACCUUGGACUUCGCAAGUCUGCCCAAAUCCCCACCGAUAUGCGGUCCGCCUCUUUGUGCCUUCUGUCUACGCUACCCCUCCCAUUGCUCAUCCAAUACAUUUACCCCAAGCUUUACUCGCUGCAUGACAUGCCUGACAACGCCGGUUUCCCGGACCCGCAAACUGGCGAGAUUGUCUUGCCGCCGGCCACCAACCUGUCCUCUGGUCGUCUGGUUUCGUACGGUCUCUACUUGAUUGACGACGGACAAACCCAGUUCCUGUGGGUCGGUCACCAGGCGGUCCCGCAGCUGAUCGAGGAUGUCUUUGGCGUGCCGGACAAGAGCCAACUGCGGGUGGGUAAAUCCACGCUCCCGGAGGUGGAGAAUGAGUACAACCAACGGGUACGGGCCGUGAUUGAGAAGAGCCGUGACCACAAAUCCAAGGGUGCCGGGUCCAUCAUCGUCCCCCAUCUGUAUGUGGUGCGUGAGGACGGUGAACCGGGACUGCGUCUCUGGGCCCAGACGAUGUUGGUGGAGGACCGCGCCGACCAGAGUGUCAGCCUGGAGCAGUGGAUGACGACACUGCGGGAGAAGGUAUGA